AUGCAUAUAGGGUUGUCAAAUAAAUUUUCAAUUUACAAUUCGAAGCGCAAGAUCACAAGUUUACAUUCCAAUGAAACAGAAGAGUUGAGGAGAGCCUUGUCGAUUGCCAACUCCCCCGAUCUACAUAGGAAAGACACUCCUUUGCCAUAAUUGUACAGUCCAGCUGCCAAGAAACCAAUGUUUUAGCGAGUUCCGCGUUCGAGUGUUUUGUAACCAUUGAUAAAAGAGGAUGAUAAAGCGAAUGACAAAGAUAUAAUAAAAUAGUUACAGGAAUCUCCGGAACAAAAAUUAGAGGAUCAAAUUCAGAAACCUCUUGUGGGAUCUCAAUCAGCAAGAAGCUAUUUUUAACACUACAAAGUACUCAACAAAGUUAAACAACAAAAUGAGUAUCAUAAAAUUAAUGAGUCUAUCCAAACGCAGAUGCUCAAAUAGGCUGAAUCCUCUGAUGCACUGCCUUGUAAAUUAGGAAUGGUCAAAAUGAAUGGGAAUGAAUCACAAGUCACCAUCAACAACCAUCAUUAUGGUGACAAAUAUAUAAAAAUGCUAUCCGAAGGUUUACGACAAAACCAAGGAGUCAAAGAAUUCUUUUUGAGCAAUAACAGAAUCAAAUAGAAUGGAGCUGUCUCCAUUUUGAGUUAAAUUGGAAAAUAGGCCAUAGUGUUGGAUUUAUCAAAAAAUGAAAUUGGACAAUUGGGAGUUGAUUGCUUGUGCUAAUAAUUACAAUUAAGAGAGAAUAAAAUAGAAAUUCUCAGUUUGGAAGAUAACAAAUUGGGUGACAAAUUUGUCAUCAAAAUUCUAAAGUGUUUAUUGAGUACUACAAAUAAAGUGAAAUCCCUUAAUAUCUCCAAGAACUAUUUAACCAAUGAAGUGGCAGAUACACUUAAGGAUACAAUAUUAUAGUUGGACCUACUUGAAGAAUUAUAUCUGCAUUGGAAUCAAAUCAAGGGUUCUGGAGGUCAGAAGAUUUUCGAGGCCCUCAUUGAAAAUAAAACCAUGGUCGUUUUCGAUGGCAGUUGGAAUUGCUUUGGAAUCAUCGAAAAAUCAAAUUGCACCUAAAAGAUAUGUGAAUUUCUCAUUGGUAAUAAAAUCAUGUUACAUUGUGAUUUAUCGGCUAAUCAAUUCACAUUACAAGAUUGUAAAUUGAUAGCAACAAGUCUAAAGCAGAACAGAACCAUAUAUGGCUUUCAUUUCAAUGGAAACUGGGGUGUUAUAGAUCCCAGGGGAUUUCUAAUUAUUGAUGAAAAUUCCCAAUAAAAACCGCUAGGUGAAACUCCAAGAAUUAAGGGAUUGGAUUAAAUCACAACCCUCAGAUAUGAGAGUGUCUGUUGGAUUUGUUAAGGUUGGUAAGAGCAAAUGUUUGAAUGGACACCUGAAGGGGAAUGUGAUCCCUUGUUUCUACACAUGGAUUUUGAAGAUUACAAGCAAGUUUACAUUCCAAAGAAACUAGACAACUUAUAUAAAGCUUCCAUUAAUGGUGCCUUCAGGACAGACGUAAUUUCUAUUUACUAUUAUUGA